GUGUUCUGGCGCUCUGGGCCCUAAUCACGCAUGUGAUGUAUGUGCAGGAUUACUGGAGGACCUGGUUAAAAGGGCUGAGGUUCUUCCUCUUCAUCGGGAUCCUCUUCUCAACUCUCUCAGUGGUGGGAUUCUGCACGUUCCUCGUUCUGGCCAUCACCCAGCACCAGUCCCUGACGGAUCCCAGAAGCUACUACCUGUCGUGCGUCUGGAGUUUCAUCUCCUUGAAAUGGGCCUUCCUGCUCAGUUUGUACGCUUACCGGUACAGGAAUGAGUUUGCAGACAUCAGCAUCCUCAGUGACUUCUAA